AAACGUCUUCUUGGUUGGUUGUGACAUUAAAUAUGAAACAACAAUAAUCAAAUUUAAAAAAAUGUCGCUUUACACUUCUGAAAACACCGACCAGAAAUUGCCCCUUUCUCUUUAAUUCGAUCAUCAUCAUCAUCAACUGGCUAACUCAUUUCAACCACAAUGGGCUUCGUUACUGAAGAAGCCAUCAAGCUGUUCCAAUCCCACUUGGACAGAAUUGAUGAUCCACUGAAAAAAACUUUCCAGAAUAUACACAAUGGUUACCAAAGGGAGACUUUGUUGAGAUUUCUUAAAGCAAGGGAUGGGGAUGUCUCCAAUGCACAUAAGAUGCUCAUCGAUUGUUUAAACUGGAGAAUACAAAAUGAUAUUGAUGACAUAUUGGCAAAGCCAAUUAUCCCCACUGAUGUAUAUAGAGGAAUACGGGAUUCCCAGCUUUUAGGCAUGUCUGGAUUCUCUAAACAGGGUCUUCCUGUCAUUGUUGUUGGUGUCGGGCUCAGCACAUUUGACAAAGCAUCUCCUUCUGCAACAAAGAAGUAUGGACGUUACAUUGGCACAUGCAUAAAAAUUCUGGACAUGACUGGUCUAAAGCUUUCUGCUUUGAAUCAAAUCAAGUUAUUGUCUGCGAUAUCGACUAUUGAUGACCUGAACUAUCCAGAGAAAACGGAAACUUAUUACAUAGUCAACGCACCAUACAUAUUUUCCUCGUGUUGGAAGAUUAUGGAUUAUGAAUCUCUGCCGCACUUUUGUAGAAGAGAAGGCUCGGGUUCGUCUCGACACUAUAAAAAUGGAACUAUGACUAGUGAUUGUUUCUCACUGGACCAUGCUUUUCACCAGCAGCUUUAUAGCUACAUUAAAUCGCAAGCCGAGUCGAAUAGUGGGCCCACCAAACACGGGUCGCUCCAUAUGGAUAUUCCAGAACCCGACCCAGAGGAUGUGAAAAUCGCUCAAUCUAUAGAAUCCGAGAUCCAUAAACUUGAGAACAAAAACGGGCUCUCCCACUCGUUGCAUGAGCUCAGGAUAAGUGGGGAUUGA